AUGGCGCGGAAUGGCCGCGAUUGUAGAACGUUCUACUGUCGAGAAUGGGUGUUUGAAAAAAUUCAAACUUGUGUUGAACGAAGGAAGCAACAAGAAGAUACUAAAACGAAAGGGACUUUUAUUUUAGGAGGACCUGGCUCGGGAAAAACGACAAUUUUACGUGAACUUGUGUCUCCGACAACUAAAGAAGGUGUUCAAACGGAAUUGGCAAAGAAAGUUGUUGCUUCUCAUUUCUGCCAAGCCCAAAAUGCAAUUUCUGUUUCUGUAGCAGACUUCAUCUUAAAUCUCGCCAGGCAACUCGCUAAAGCAGAGGAGCUGAAGGCAUACGCUGCCAAAUUCAACGACCCCCAGAUUCAAAAUCACCUCAAAAGUGAACAGUGUAUUCGAAAUCCAGAUCGUUCUUUUAAAGAAGGUAUACUACUGCCUCUUAAUUCGCUUCCACCGCCUCAGGAAAUCUUCUUGGUCGUGGUGGACGCCAUCGAUGAAUCUUACCUACAUUCUUUCGAUUCCGGUGUUGCAUCUGGCAGCCGAACUGUUGCUGAGUUAAUGGCCACACACCACGAUCUACUCCCCCCUUGGCUCUUUUUGGUGGUCAGUGCAAGAAAGCAAUCGAAAACAGUCACUAGGAUGUUUACAGGAUUUCGAAAGUUCACUUUAGACGAUCUUCGGAAAGCACAUGUGGUUAAGGACAUUCAACAGUACAUUUUGAAUCGCUUAGACGACGAGCCCAGUUUAAGGAAACACUUAACCAGGGAAACGGCAGAAGCAUUUAACCAGCUUCACAUCAAAAGCAAUGGUUGUCUUCUUUAUUUGGAAAAAUUGUUGGAUGGAGUGGUCGAUGAAUUUUUCACCUUGGAUGAGACCCAGGACAUUCCAGGCACACUGUCUGGUCUGUACCUGUGGCUGUGUAAUAGGUUAUUCACAGAGGAACAAGUUGAUAAGAUCAGGUUGGUCUUGAACGUUAUUUUAGCUGCUCAAAGGCCUUUAACUGACUCUGAAAUGUUCCAUGCAGUCUGGACAAAAGACACAGAUCUAACUGUGGAAGACUUUUUGGAAACACUUGACUUGAUGUCACAUCACAUUCUCAUGGAUGACAAUGGUGUUAAAAGCAUAUCCCAUCUGUCCUUUGCUGAGUGGCUCUUGGAUGCAAAGCACUGCACGCCAAAGUUUCUUUGCAACCCAGGAGAUGGGCAUGCCAUGCUAGCAUUGCAUUACACUCAACUCUCUCAGAAACAACAGCUGGCUCAUCCACACCAACUUGCAUUCCACUUGAGCCGUGCAUCUUUUAGGGAGUUUUUCACACAAGACCACCUCGCUCUCUGGCUUCUGUGGAGUGGAACCCAAAUCUCAGACAUCCAACUCAACACAGAUGCCCUGAAUCAAGAGGUUGCCCGGCUGUUACUAAAUGCUGGUGCCAAGGUAAAUGAACUUGAAGAACAAGCUGCUUUGCUUCCCUUUGCACCAGAGACAGAAGAUUCUGUUAAAGCUCUGUUGGAGAAAGGAACAUCCGUUGAUCGUGUUGACAGUUCUGGUAGAACAUUGCUAUGCAAUGCUGCAUUCAAUGGCAGUGUUGAUGUAGUACGGCUUCUUAUUAAACAUGGAGCAAAUGUCAACUUUUCAGACACUUCUGGACAGUCUCCGCUAAUGUUAGCAUCAAGACAAGGGCAUAAUGAAAUUGUGUACCUUCUUGUGAACUGUGGUGCAUCAGUUAAUCACUGUGCCGAUGAUGGAUGCACUGCAUUGAGGGCUGCAGCCUCGGGUGGGCACACUGAUGUUGUUUCUGUUCUUUUGGAUCACUCUGCAGAAGUAGACUUGGCAGACGACGAUAAACGUACUGCAUUACGCGGUGCAUCAUGGGGUGGUCACAGCGAUGUUGUAUUACAACUACUUCAGCAUGGGGCAAACCCUAAUCUUACUGACAAAGAAGGAAGGACAGCAUUAAUUGCCGCAGCUUACAUGGGUCACAAGAAAGUUGUAGAAAUACUGCUGGAUCAUAAAGGAGAGAUAAAUCAUGCUGACAAUGAUGGAAGAACUGCUUUAGCUGUAACAGUUCUUUGUGUUUCGUCUAGUGAGAAUCAUGAGGCUGUUGUUGACCUUCUGUUAAGGCGUGGUGCACAAGUUGAUCAUCCUGAUUUUGAUGGCUUAACGCCACUAUGUGUUGCUGCUCUUGAGGGAUACUUCAAUGUUGCCAAGUUAUUAGUCAGAGCUGGGGCAGACAUAGGACACUGGGACAGAAAUGGACGGACACCUCUGUUUGCAGCAGCUGCUAAUGGUCACUGCAACAUUGUAGAUUUGUUUUUGGCAACUUCAGAAGGUUGGUUCUCUUUUAAUUUACAGUAGAAUCUUGUAACAGGUAGUAUUUGUAGAUAUUUACCCUUAUCUCUGUUACUAUGGGUCUUUGAAAACCCUAAUAUUCUUUGAAUCUGAGUUUGGAUUAUGGAAAGUCAUGGAAAUAAAUGAAAAUUAUAUAUUUUUGUGAAGAACAAAGAAUAAAUGCCUUUGUUAAUUGAUUUUUUCCUCUUGUUUUGGAAAACAUUGCUUGAUUUUAGGUAAUGGAAAUCAUCUAAAAGGUCCCAGGAAAUUCAGAUAAAAUUAAAAACGCUUCAUGUUUUAUAUGGCCAUUGGAUCUAUGAUUAUGAUUUAGAUUACUUAAGCUGUUAAGGAAAAAGAAAUGUUUAUCAAUUUGAUUGUUAUUUCAGAUAGGAAACCUGACCCUUCAACCUGGAUGUCACCAACAUUUUCAAUGUUCCGUCCAGAUCAUAGUGGUUGGGAUCCAUUGAUGGUAGCUGCAAAUCAAGGUAGUGUUUCCUUUAUUAACCCUCUGACCCUUAGGGAUGACUAGCAUUUAAUUUCUCCUAACAAUAUCAUCCCUAAAUCACACAUUAAGUUUAUGAGAAAAAAGAAAAUGACCACCAGCCAUAUAAGCUCUUGAUUGUUAAACAAAUUCUUCUUGUCAGCACCUUAGGAAAUGUUUAGCAGGGCUAAAAAUUGGCGGUUGCACUUUUGCCAGUGGCGAGUUAAAACUGACCAGGGCCACCAAAAGUUAAGGUUUGAAUGCUUAGUGUGUACCUGUGCUACAGAAUUUCGAAAAGUUGCUACGUAAAUUAUGCAAAGUACAAAGUUAAAAAUAAAACUCAAUAUGUAGUUUAAUUGGACUACCUUUCUCUUCAUUUCUUUGCCUGGACACUAAAAUCAUCCAUUUUGGUGAAUUUUUAGUCUGAAGUGGAAAUUCUGAGCCGUUUUAACGGUGAUUUCACAAGUGAUUCACAUUCACAACAUAUAGAUGCCAUUUAGAUUUUGUGAUUGCCAUGUGACUCUGGACUUUUGUGUUCUUUCCUUUUAGUCAACACUUUGUUAAAAGCCAUGGGUGUUUAUUCAAGUUUUUCAUUUUAAACUAGAGGGAAUCGAGGGCAACUUCAUUUUGGGAUGAGCCACUAAGAAAUCAAGGAAACUGGCCCGAUUGGCCACCAAGUACUGGAGUUAAUUUUUAGCCCUGAUAUAGAGCGUAGCAUGGAGAGUUUGCAUACUGAUGUUAGGGUGUAAAGGGUGAACCAGUCUAAUGGAACUUUGUAAUGUCUACCAAAUUUUUUUUUUUUUCUGAUGGCCUCAUAUUUUUUCUGUUUUGGAGAUUUUUUACAAUACAGCACUUUACAUUGCACUAAUGCAGUUUACUGAUACUUAAUUAAAAAAUGAUAUUGCUGCCACUAAAUGUAAAACCUUUUUGCAAUGCAUGGGUGAAUAGUAUAGUUAUCUCAUGAAUUUGUUCACCUUGAUGCACACUUUUCUAACAGGACACAAAGAUGUUGUUUGUUCUCUCCUUGCUGCAAACCUGGAUGUCAAUGCACUUGAUCCUGAUGGUAGGUCUGCACUGAUGUUAGCUGCACAGGAAGGCCAAGUUGAUGUUGUGUCAGCACUUAUUGAGUAUGGUGCACCCAUUGAACAAGCAUCUUCUGAUGGUCGCACAGCAUUGCAUUUUGCUGCUAUGGAGGGGCAUGAGGAAUGUGUACAGCAUCUUGUUAAUCUUGGUGGAGAUGUCAAUCAUCAGGACAGUCUUGGACGCACACCUCUGUUUGCUGUUUCCAUCGAGAAAAACAAACAGAUGGUUGAACUAUUGUUGGAUCUCGGAGCUUUUGUAGACAGCAAGGACAUGGAAGGAAGGACACCUCUUCAAGCAGUGGCAUGGAAGGGAGCUUAUGAGCUUGUAGAGCUCUUUAUUAACAGAGGUGCAGCAAUUAAUCAUGCAGAUUGUGAAGGACGCACAGCUUUGAUGUCAGCAUCAUGGAAGGGCCAUGUUUCUAUUGUGCAGUUAUUAAUUCAAAAGGGAGCAAAAGUUGACAAAACAUCCCAGGAAGGAGCCACAGCCCUUUGUAUUGCAUCGCAAGAAGGUCACGAUGAAGUAGUGCAAAUGUUAUUAGAGCAUAAUGCAAACAUGAAUCAUGCCGACAAGCUGGGAAGAAGUCCAAUGCAAGUUGCUCAUGAAGCUGGUAAGCACCAGAUUAGAUAGCAGUUUGGAAAGUUGAAUAAAUUAAGAAAGUCAAAUUGAUGUCACUUUCCCAUAGAUGCGAGUCCUUUUCCUUAAAAUCUAAGAACUGACAUUUUGAUGAAAAUAACAUGUCAGGAAAAACUCAGGGCAGCGUUUACACCUUAAUCCUCUAACUCUCAGAAGUGAUCAACAUGUAGCUUCUCCCUUUGAUACCCAUGCAUUACCCAGCAAACACGAAGUUAUUGGGUACUAGUUGUUAUCUUGAUUUAAUUCCAAAUUCUCAUAACUAAUUUACAAGGAAAUGAUUAGCCGCUAGAAGGGAGAAUUAACAAUCAGAUCUGGGAGUUUUAAGGAUAAAUCUCACUUUGGGAAAUUUUAAUUUGAAGAAAAAUUGACUUUGAAGACAAAGUGCUAGAUAUUAACAUAAUUAUUUUCCCCAUUUUACAAUCUUGGAAGGUUGUAUAUGAAUAUAGAAGUUUUCUUUUCUUUAAUUGAAAAGUUUUGGUUCUCUGUUUUCCAGGCCAUACAAGAGUUACCAAAGUUCUGGAGGCAUUCAGCGUGAUGAGAUUGAAUGAUGGUAAUUUUACCAGCACAUUAAAGAGAAAGCUUUCGUCGGCACAAUCAGAAAGUAGCAGUACAGUCUCAAACAGCAGCCUUGCAGAAAAGCCGCAAAGAUCAGACAGUGUUUCAUCCUCAAAUAGUUCUGAAUCUCCUCCUGCCUCAAGAAAGGAACUUCUGGCACCAGGUUCAACUCAUACACUUGGACCAAAUGGAGAAAUUCUUGAAGAAAGACGUUACUCUGCUAGUUUCUGUGACGUGCACACUGUUCAGUCAAUCAAGGAGCCUUGGAAUAGGGCCUGCCCUCCAUACACAUCAGAAUUGGAUGUAGUAAACCCUCCCCCUUACACAGAGAAACCUGUAAGAACAUCUCUGGUUGAAGAUGAUGUGGUUACUGUUGCAACUAUGCCCCCUCCAUCGGGCAAACAAAAGCAGCUUAACUUGCUUCACAAAAUGAAGCAAAAAGGAAAAAGUGCAUUCACUUCCAGUGGUCAUGGAAAACAUGGAAAAGUGAUUGGCAAGCAUAAAAGUCAUGGAGAAAGACGUGGAUUUUUCUCUGGUAUAAAACAACUUGGUGGAAGUGCAUCUGGUGGUGGUUCAUCAAAAUCCAGAGAAGGAAAACUAGGAAAUUCAAAAGGUUCAAAUGAGUCGAUGGAAACAAAAAUCUAACUUCUAUGACUGUGGACUUUGUGCUUAGCUUUAGCUUUUUAGUAGCUACAUUUCUAAACAGAAAAAAAAUCAGGUUUAGUGUGCUUUUGACACAACAGAGCACACUUCUGCACCAACCUUUUUACACUUGAUUUUAUUAACCCUUGGUAUUUAAAAAAAAAACAUUUUCAUGCUUAAUAUUUAAUUCUAAGUUUUUUUUUUUUUUAUACAAAAUCAGUGAACAUAUUCCAUUAGCAGAUCCAGGCCUUCAGAUAAGGGGAGAUGCUUGUCUGAAAUUUUUCAGACAAAGUAAGUUACAUUUUGGGUCUUCAUCUAAGGUCUGUGGGUCUCCACAAGUAGCUCUGUCAAUGGAUUCAAAUAUCAGGGCACUUUUAAUCCAAAAUAAUCCCUUGAAUGUAGUACUGGACUUUAUCAGGGCUCUAAAGGACAUGUUUACCUUUGAGUUUUAUAGUUGAUUUGUAAUUUUUUGAGGGAAGUUCACAUUAACCCUUUCAAUUCCUAAGAUCUGAUUGUUAAUUCUCCCAUCUAGCUGCUAUACAUUUCCUUGUAAAUUAGUGACAGGAAUUUGUUGUCAGAUCAAGAUAUCAUCUUUGUUGAGUAUUCUUUGAGUAUUCUGAUCACUUGUUUCCUGGAUAUUGUAUGAAUAUUAUAGGGAGAUGGUACAUGUUAAUCACUUAUGGGUGGUACGAAAUAGGUAGAUAAGAGCUUGAAUGCAGUUACUCCUAAGGGAAUUUUGGGUGUUGCAUUCACAGAAGUAGUCCAGAAUGUUGAGACUUCUACUUUCACUUCAUGAGACUAUUACCCUAAAAUUUAUUUUCUACUAAAAAGUGCUUGGAACUCAAGCCAGUUUUAAGUCAUCAGAGAGAAAUACUGAUUCCUCACUUAGGUUGUACAACAAUGAAAUAUUUACUUGUCAGAGGUAUUGACUAUUUUUAACUGUUGCCAUUGUAACCAUGGAAAAGAAUAAUUAUCACAAAAGCAACAGUUAUGUUUUUUUACCAUAUAAAUAUUCUUUACAUAGAUACAGAAAGGCUUAUUUAAAAUGUGCGGUAUGCAACAUGUGAAUGAAAGGGUAAGAAACAUUUACUUAAGGUAAAGUAAUAAAUUUUUUUGCAUGUCAAGUUUACAUGAUAAUAUUGUAAUUUCCUCCUAGAAUGGUGUUUUGAAAUUCAAGUGCUGACAUAUUGUAGAAAAAUAUGAUGUUUUUAUAACACUUUUAAGUUAGUAUAAUGCAAUAUACUUUAACGGUUAUGGAACUGCAACUAAGAAGAUAGUUGAGGUUUUAAAGCUUGUUGAAAUUUCAUCAGGGGCUGAAUGUUAUCUAAAACAGUGAAAUAAUUUGUUAAGUCGAUUAGAGUGAUGAAUUAGCUUUCAUAUGAUAACAUUAUUACAUUACAUAUAAUGGAAUAAUCAUUAAAAGACUGCCUUGAAUAUGAUAACGCCAAGAACAUUUUUACAGGCCCUGUAGCUUAACUCUCCCUAUUUGCCAAAUAGGUUUUGAUUAAAGAGCAGC